CAGUAGAUUCUCAAAAAAAAAAAAAAAAAGUCCUCUGUUUCAAUCUCUCUGUAUGAGCUAGCCAUAUCCGGUUUCUAGCAGUAGCAGGUAUGGGCACCCUUCUCCUCCACAACCCAAUAUCGAUGGCAAAACGCCCUUGCCCUUCACAAAUUUCACCGGCAGCCCCGCCGCCUCUCAACCAAAUGGACGAGCUUCUAGAGACUUUCCUAUCCUCUUCCUCCUCUCUCUCCGUUGACCUCUCCUUCGACCGCCUCCUCGAGUCCCGAGCUUCCAGCGACUCCGACCAAGCUCAUCUCAUCGACACCGCCGUCGCCUUGGGCUCCGCCCUCCUCCACGCCGCCAAACGCUCCGCUCGCAAACGCGCCUCCUCUCACAACUCCCUCUAUUGGCCUCUCCCUCGCGAGCUCACCAUCAACGUAUUUUCAAUGCUUGAUACACAAAGCCUAUGCUAUGCGGCAGCAGCUUGUUCAAUGUUCAAUAAGUAUGCGAGAGAUCCUCCAUGCUAUGCUAAUAUUGACUUGACAACAAUUGUCCCGAAAGUUAACAAUGCAGUUGUGUCCACGAUGAUCCAUCGAGCUGGAACAUCACUUCAGUCUCUUAAGCUUGGUAUAGUUCCAGGCCCAAUAGUAUCACCUGGAUCUUGUCAGCCGUUGGUUUAUUCCAUCAGAAAUUCAGUUGAUGUGUCUAAGUUUUCAUGGAAUGAUAAGAGAUCAAGACAAGGGAAGGAGUCAUCAAUUCUUACUAGAUCAUGCUUAAGCCCUUUAGUUGGGGACAAUGGUGCUCCAGGGACUCUUUUGAGAAGGUUACACCUUUACAAUAUUGAAAGAAUGGAUAACACAUCACUUUGUGGGGCAUUGUCAGCUUGUCCAUCUCUCCUUGAUCUGGAAAUUGUUGGCCUUCAUGUUGAAUUGAGGCAAACAUUGAUGUCCGUGAGUGCAAACUGUCACUUAAUAGAGCGACUGUUCUUUGAGUCUUCAAAAACAGGCAGGGAUGACAGUUUGAAAACACCAACAUGCACUGAUCUGGUAGAAAAUUGUCCUCAUCUAACUUCAUUGGCACUUAGAGGGUUUAAGCUCCAUGAUAACAAAGUUCGUGUACUUGUUAAGGGAUUUCGGAAACUAAGAUAUGUUGACUUUUCAACAUCUUACUCUAUCACUGGAGGCUUUUUAAGGAACCUUGGAAGCAGCAUGGGUGGAAAUCUACUUGAGGUCUUGAUUUUAAGGGACUGCAUGCAUCUCAAAGAGGUUGAAGUUGCUCGGUUAUUGACAGCUGUUAUCGAAGGGGAUUAUAAGUGCCUUAAACAUCUUGACAUAUCCAACAAGGAAGGUUUAGCUUCUGAGGGUGACUGGUAUGAUAGAUGCUACAAAUCUAGUGUCAUUCCUAUAAAGCAGGUUUUGGCAGAAAGGCCUGAUGUCUGUUUGCUGGCUGAGUUUCCAACUGAAGGAAGUUACAUUGAUAUUGAUCAAAUGGCUGACAUCGUGCAAGAGAGUGACGUUGGUCUGCCGUCACAGCUUAGCAGUCACAUAUCAGAUGCUUCAAUGUUUACAAGCUCGUCUGAGAGUAGCUACAACAGUGAUCAAGGUAGUGGCAAUGAGGAUGGCCAUGAUGCCAAUUACGUUAUGUAUGAGGAAAGCUCAGAUGAAGUGGAAAUUGAUUUGAAUGGAGGCUUUUAUGGAGCGCAGGCUGAAGUUUCAUUGGCAAGUUAAUUCAUGGACCUUGUUGGCCAUUUAUCCCCGACUUUAUUACAGCUGGUGGCUGGGGGCUUUUGAAUUUGCAAAAUAUCCCAGUUUGGUUUAUAACGUCCAGUAGCGGCUUCCUGUCCAAUUUACCAAGAUGGAAUGCCACCUUGAGGGCCUUUUACGCCUGUCUUUUUUUUUUUUUUUCCCCCAAUUAUCAUCCAUUCCUGUUCUGUUAGUCUUGAGGGUAAUGGUUGAUGCAUUCACCUGUCUCUAAAUCAAUAAGUAUCUACUAUCAAGAGAACCUUCUUCCAUUUUUUGUUUUUGUUUUUGUUUUUUUUGGGGGGGUUGGGGGAGGAGGAAGAGGGUGGCGUCCUUUUUAGUACCAAUCUUUAAUGUAAAAUCUGUUGUAUUUUUUUUUUUCUACUUGUAUUUUUCCCUUGUAAUUUUUACAGUCACAUAUGCUAAAACCAAUUUUAUCAGUCUUGUAGGAUCCUGUAAUUGUAUCUCACCCUGCCAGAUGAUAUUGAUAAACUAUACAUCAAAUAUAAGUUCAUAUGGUAUGAUAGAACUGUUUUUUGGGU